AUGAAAGUUGACAGAGCGAACUUGAUGUCGUGUUGGCUUUCCAUAACUAGGCUAGAAAGAAACAUUGUUGGUUGCUCUCCUACAUAUCGCUAUGUUGUUUUGAGUCAAGAAGCUUUGAGUGGCGGCAUAGACACUGUUAAACGUGUCGGGGCAAACCUCAACCUCCAUUCGAUCAAGGUGCCUUUAGCCCUUCCAGUGCCUCAGAUUCUUGUUUAUUCGGAUGACCAGCAAGUUCUCUCAUGUGCAUGCUGGGCUCUAAAUCCAUUGCCUUCAGUGCAAAUGGCUGCAACUCGCACUGUCAGAAAGAUUGCGGGAGUGGAUGCUCAGAGCUCUGAUAUAAAGAUGGAAGUUGUGCAGGCAGUUCAAUCUGAGCUCAAAUCAAAACUCAAACUGGACAAUAAUUAUAGGACGGAGGGAGUACUAAAGAUUGGAAGACAGUUUGAGAGUCACAGCUAUACGGAUGGUGGAAUGCUUUAUGUGGAAGCUCAAGACGGUCUGGAGAUGAUGCCCAAAUCACACCAUUCUCUGUGCGGAACUUAG